CAAAUGAAUUUACAGUACUCUUGCCGGUCGGAGGGAUGUGUGGAUCGGCUACGCAGUUUUCACAUAUGGGGGUAACUUCAAGUGGGUUGAAUCAGGAAUUAUUUCGGACUACGAAAACUUUCGUUAUAGUGGAGGUUAUCGAUAUGGAGGCUGCGUUAAAAUAAGUUCUUAUUAUUAUGGUAGAUGGGACGACAUUACGUGCAGUACACAAAAGAGUUACGUGUGCCAAAUAAAUUUAGAUUACGAAGAUCCAAAACUUGACGGAUGUCCAGAAGACAUAACUGUUGGUACAAAACAGGGAAAAGAUUAUGCGGAAGUCAGAUGGACGGAACCAAUUGCAUCAGAUAAUGUAGGGAUUCACACAGAAACGCAAUCAUAUUCGCCAGGAGAUAGGUUUAGACUCGUCGACGGAAAACCAACUGUUUACACUGUGCGAUACUGGGUACAAGAUUAUAGAGCAAACGAAGCAGAAUGUCUCUUCAAUAUAACUGUCAUUGAUAACGAGCCACCAGAGCUGCAAUGUCCACAGAAAACAUCCAACUACUAUAAGACCAACUACGGAUUUAUCCACGCCUCCACCGACGAUGGAAGCCCUAAUGGUACAAUUACAUGGACGCCGUCGGUUGCUAGAGAUAAUAGCGGGAUUUCACCUAUCAUUACUAAUUUUCCUAACAAACCAGGUGAAGUGUACCCAAUGAAGUUGUUUCCACCAUACACAACUACAGUUACAGCAACAGACGUAUCGGGGAACUCAAGAGAAUGUGUUUUACAUUUUGCUGUUGUAGAUACUGAAGGCCCUGUUUUAAGCUGUCCAACGUACUCUAACAACAUGAUUUUAAGCGUAUCCAAAUUUUCCUGGUCAGUGUUCACUGAUAGAGCCUCCAAUUCUGCUCAGUUGUAUUGGUCAGCAGCUAACGCUACGGACAACAGUGGCACUGUGGUGUUUGUUACCUCAAAUUAUAACCCCGGGGACGUAUUUCCGGCCAGUAAUGUUUCCCAUCAAAUAACGUACACUGCAAUCGAUAAAGAUAACAACGUGGGGAAUUGCUCAUUCUAUAUAACAGUUGAAGAUUUGGAAUCUCCAUCAGUUGAAUGUCGGUCUCACUUACAUUCAAAAUCUAAUUUCUUAACAUGGAACAUUACGCUCAGUGAUAACGUUGGAGUAGUUCACUGGAUGGCAAACGACUCUCGUGUUGUGCCGUCUAAUUCUACCCUAAAUAACACAUAUAUCACCUUACAACAAAAUGGAACCUUUUCAGUUGGUACAAGUUUCAUUGAAUACGUGGUGAGAGAUAUGUCUGGAAACGUAGAGGAAUGUUUACUUGCAAUCACUGUCGAAGACUUGGAAAGACCGUCAAUAAUUUGCCCCAGUAAUUUCUCUAAUUACUAUGAUUAUGUAUUUGGUUUUCAUCGUCUUGUUGCUGAUUACGGUCAGUCAUAUGCAACAGUCACGUGGCCUUCUCCAGAGGUCAACGACAACAGUCAAGAGCCUAUCACGUGGGAAAGUUUCCCAUAUAAAUCAGGUGAUAAGUUUCCUCUUCGACGGUUUCCACCAUACACUGUACAAUUCACUGCAACCGAUCUGACUGGCAAUAACAGAUCCUGCUACGUAUACUUUACAAUAAUAGAUGUCGAACCACCGAUUAUUACAUGUCCAACAAAUAUCACAAAUUACCACGAUACUUACUUCGGCAUUGUCAGAGCAGCCACGGAUCCCGGUUCCUCUACAAGUAGUGUGACCUGGGAUUACCCUACAGUGUCCGACAACAGCCAAGGAGUCGUGAAUGUGAAGUCAUCCUACCAGUCUGGCAAUAGUUUCGCACCAAAAUUGUAUCCACCCUAUGAAGUGGAGUUUACUGCUGAAGAUGAAUCCGGAAACAAGAAUAGUUGCAAAUUAUAUUUCCUUGUCACAGGAACCGUGAAUGAGCAGACUAUUAAAUCUGAUGUUUCGGUGGCUUCGUCAACCAUGCCAAACGGAAUAUACACGGCUGAAGAUACAAACAAUAGUAUUUCAACAUUAGUAUCAACUCCUUCAAUACUAUCCCGAAUAUCAUUAUCAACAUCAUUGUCAUUAUCAUCAUCGACGUCAUUAACAUUAUCAUCAUCCUCAUCCUCGUCAUCAUUAUCACCAUUAUCAUCAUCCCCUUUAGCUACACCAUCGCAAUACUUUUCUUUACCAUCUUCCUCCUCAUUAAUGUCUUUUUCAUCAUCAUCACCACCACCACCAUCAUCAGUGCCAUCAUCUUUAUCCUCAUCUUCAUUAUUAACAACACAAACGCCAUCCACAUUACCAUCAACUUUACUUUCAUCUCAAAUUGUUACCGAUGAAGUCGUUAACACACUGCACCGCACUAAUUCGAUUACCGAAGAUGAUGACGUUAAGCAUCAAACCCUCAUAAAUGACCAGGAAAAUACUGUUCAUCAAACAACUGACCAACAGCUGACUAAUUUUUUUCAGUCAACAGACCCACAACCAACUGAAUUUACUGAUAGACAAUUACUUAACCAGCAUACAACUGAAAAACAAUUUAUUUCAAGACAAUACACCUUUUAUACCGAUAAAGUUUCGGUAAAUCAACAACCAUCUGUUGAUCCAGAAACUAUUAACACAUUUUCAACUGAUCCACAAUAUUCUACCAAACAACAGUCAAUUGAGCAAACAAUAUAUUCACCGUCACAGAAUACACUACUUAACAAUCUGUCGACGGAAGAGACUGUUAUUAACCAACGGUUUACUUCUUCGUCUAUAAACUACAAAGUUUCCAGUUCGAAAAAUGAAAAUUCAGAACAUACAUUAUAUGAAUUAAAUUCAACUGUAGCAAAUGAACUAUCGGUUUCAGAUAACCUAUACAGAAUGUCAGAAGAUAUUCUAAACAAAUCUGCAACUUCAUCAUCACGAACUUCACGAAUUGCAGAUGAAGCCAAAUUAAAAAAUACGAAAAAAAAUGGUAUUGAUGGUGUUACUAUGGUGGUAAUUUGUUUGAGUUUAAUUGGAGGUUUAUUGAUCUUCAUUAGCGUGAUAAUCAUCAUUAAAAAGAAAAUACUUGAUAAAUCGGCUCCUAGCCUUCACUAUUCUGAUGCUAAUGUAUUCGAUAGUGACAGAACAUCAAUCAACAUAUGCGAUUUGGAGCUGUUAAAUAAGGAGCCCAGAACCAGAGACGGGUUUUCCAACUGUGCAUAUAUCUCAGAUGUUAAGGACAGCCAAUUGUAAAACUUAAUCAAUCAAUUGAUGAUUUGAGCUAGAUAGAACACUGUUGUACUAAUAUUUAAUUUAGAUUUGCGUUCAGAACCGUUCAUGCAUGACGAUUGUAUUACUUAGUAAAGUUUCCUUUUUUAUGAACGUCGAUUGAUGAAACAACAUUUAUUAAUUGAGUUUACAUGAAUUUCUUGUUUUUAUGUGAUAUUUAAGUGUACAUAUAUUAUUUGCAUUAACAAUUAAAAUGUAUUUAGUAAAUGAAAUUUAAAUUGUUAUGCCGCGUCGUAUCCGACGCGAUAAGUAGUACCAAAAAUGUAUCCCCCUUUUAAAAUUUUGUACACCACCAUUUAAAUUAUUUGGACAACAAUUUUUGAAAUUCCGCCACUCUAUAAAAAAAAAUACUGGCGAGAAGGCUACUUCCUUACACAACGAAUGUUAAGAUUUUUUUUUUCUUUCGUUAUGAACACACCUGUAUUUAUUAAAAUAAUAUAGCUGUAAAAUCAUCAAACCAAUCAUUACGUAUUCUCAUAUUAAUUUGUUGGAUUUCUUUUUCUCUUUUGUGAGGGUAACUGAGUUUGGUCUUCUUUUCUUUUAUGGGUUUAAAAAUACUUUCUUUAAAUAUGAAGUGAAAAUACCGUAUAAGACAUAACAAAUAAUAAUCAAUUCAUUCAACAGCAAAUUCCAACAAUUGUAUAAUGUAUCUUACUGUGUAUUUAAAAUCAUUUGUUUCUAGUAUAAUAAAGUAAAAACAAAUUGUACAGAACAAUUACGCUCAUACUAAGCAAGUCCAGUGCACCCAAUUCCUUCGAUAUGUACUUAAACCAAACGAUAUGUACUAAAAUCAAAAGAAUAUGCAUACCUGCUUGUUUAGCUCACUUAACAUUUAUAUAUUGUCGAUAUGGUAAACAGCCUUUGAAUGUUUGUUUCAAAGAAAGACUUUUAUGAAAGAAUUGCUACUGUUGUCUAUUCCAAAAUCUAUUUUGCGUUUUCCAUUUUCAAUGGCCAUUUUUACAUGUGUAUAUUUCCAUCUUCAAUAGUUGUAGGCAUAUAUUGGCAGAAACUUAACCGAAUAUUCCUCUCAUUAGUGUCGUCUUAGUCCUAAAGCUUAUUAUAUUUACGUCUAGUUUGAGCCAGAAGAAUAAUAAAGAAAGAAACUGUAGGCCUAAA